GGGAGGGACAGGAGGAGGAGAGAAAGGAGUCUUUGCCUUAACUCUUACUGUAUCUCUUUGGCACUUAGUGGAUUCACUGCCUGGACUCUGGUGGGACGGGACAGGGUUGCCUGGGUGAGACCAGCGCUGGGUUCAGAGCCAUGACAAGAGCUGCGGCUAAGGAAGGAGAGUCCAAUGGGGCCAUGGCAGCUCCCAAAGAGAUAAAAGAGGAGGAGAUGGAAGAGAGAGGCCAGUGGAGCAGCAAAAUGGAGUUUGUGCUCUCGGUGGCUGGGGAGAUUAUCGGUCUGGGUAACGUGUGGAGGUUCCCAUACCUCUGCUACAAGAACGGUGGUGGAGCCUUCCUCAUCCCUUAUCUCAUCUUCCUCUUCACCUGUGGGAUCCCCCUGUUCUUCCUGGAGACAGCACUGGGGCAGUACACCAGCCAAGGAGGGGUCACUGCCUGGAGGAAGAUCUGUCCCAUCUUUGAAGGAAUUGGAUAUGCCUCACAAGUUAUCGAAGGCUAUUUGAAUAUCUACUACAUCAUCAUCUUGUCCUGGGCACUCUUCUACCUGUUCAGUUCCUUCACUGCAGUGUUACCAUGGGCCAGCUGCAAUAACCCUUGGAACUCAGAUCUCUGUGUGGACAUUCUGAAUAGCUCCAUCUUGGACAACAGGACCAUACCUGCGAACGCCACCUCCCCAGUGCUUGAGUUUUGGGAGAAGCGAGUCCUGGGACUCACGGAUGGUAUUCACGAACUGGGCACUGUGCGCUGGGAGCUGGCUCUGUGUCUCCUGCUGGCAUGGAUCGUCUGCUACUUCUGCAUCUGGAAAGGGGUCAAGUCCACAGGCAAAGUUGUUUAUUUCACUGCCACCUUCCCCUACGUGAUGCUGAUCAUCCUGCUGGUGCGAGGAGUUACACUGCCGGGUGCUGCUGAGGGGAUCAUCUUCUACCUGAAACCGGACAUCUCCAGGCUCUCAGACCCGCAGGUCUGGAUGGAUGCAGGCACUCAGAUCCUCUUCUCUUAUGCCAUUUGCCAGGGGUGCCUGACAGCUCUGGGCAGCUACAACAAAUAUACCAACAACUGUUACAGGGACUGCAUCAUGCUCUGCUUCCUGAACAGUGCCACCAGCUUCAUUGCUGGAUUUGCCAUUUUCUCGGUGCUGGGCUUCAUGUCUCGAGAGCGGGGCGUACCCAUUGCGGAAGUGGCUGAAUCAGGUCCUGGCCUGGCUUUCAUAGCAUAUCCAACAGCGGUAACGAUGAUGCCUGUGUCUCAGCUCUGGUCUUGUCUCUUCUUUCUCAUGCUGAUCUUCUUGGGACUGGACAGCCAGUUUGUCUGUGUAGAAAGCAUGGUGACAGCUAUUAUUGACAUGUUCUCGGGAGUGUUUCGGAAGAAGGGGCGUCGGGAGCUUCUGAUCCUGACCAUCGCAGUCAUAUGCUACCUGCUGGGCUUGUUGCUGGUCACUGAGGGUGGGAUGUACAUCUUCCAGCUCUUUGACUACUAUGCUGCCAGCGGCACAUGCCUGCUCUUCCUUGCCAUUUUUGAAGUCGUCUCUGUAGGAUGGGUGUAUGGUGCCAACCGCUUCUACGACAACAUUGAGGACAUGAUUGGUUUUCGACCAUGGCCCUUGAUCAAGAUAUGCUGGCUGGUGAUAACCCCGGGUAUGUGCUUGGCCGUCUUCCUGUUCUCCCUGAUCAAGUACACACCUUUGAAAUACAACAAUACCUAUGUGUACCCACCCUGGGGCUACGUGAUUGGCUGGCUGAUGGCACUCUCCUCCAUGAUCUGCAUUCCUCUCUACGCCAUCUUCAUCCUCCUGAAAACCAAAGGACCCCUGAAGCAGCGGCUGACACAGCUGAUUUCCCCAGCGGAGGAUCUGCCGCAGCCGAAAAAGCACGUGGUGGGCCUGUCUGAAUUGAAGAGCAAGGGAUGGUCCCCUCCGGUCCAGGAGGUUAUCAGCAUCACAGAGAGAGAAACUCACUUCUAAAGCACUGGAGAUAUCUCCUCCAUACCCCAGACUGAUUUGCUCUCUCCUCCCUAAAGUGACUUCUUUUCUCUCCUGGGUUCUUCCCUUCUCUCCUUCGCAUCUGAGACAGAAGCAUUUGGGACACCCUCUCCUUCCAGCCAGCUGGUUGCACACACCAGGGACAGCGUUUCUGUCAAUAUUCUGGAGAUAACAUUCCCUGUUAGCAGCUGAGGAGAGAGCAAGACACUUUCGUCAGAAGUGUCCUCCAGUACUGACACUGGUGGGGCAGAGACAAACCAUGUAUUACCAAAAAAAAAAAAAAAAAAAAAGAAAAGAAAGGAAAAAAAAGCGGUAAAAGCGGUCAUGUCGGGAGGAGUAAAGGAAAACACAGUGGUGAGAGAGGGCAGAGAAUAAAGGUGUGUACAGUAGCAAAGUUAGGGAUGCAAAGGCACAAAACAAUGGGGUGUUAGUACAGGGAAUAAGUAAAGUGGUUCAGAAGUACAUAAGAAGCUAGAGGAUGACAAAGGCAAGUGCAUUGCUAGGUCACCUCUGUACAAGGGAGAUGGAGCCAGGAACAUAUCACAGGCAACGAUAAAAGAAGGCUGCAGUGUUAGUACUUACAGCUUCAGUUGUCACUGAAAAGGAAGAGAGUGACAGGCUGCUCAAUGCAAUCAUGGCUUUUGAUGAUGGAUCUCAAGGCAGAUCUCAGGAUGGAAAGGGGGUGAGGAAUAACUAUCUAGUGGACUCACUCUUGGUCAGAACUACAUGGCCCAUGCAUCUGAGAGUGAAACAGCUGAAUAUUUGACAAUUCUUUCAGAAAAUUCAUGGAGCGCAGGAAAAGUCACAGAACAGCUGGUAAAAAAAAUGAGCUGCAGCACAGCAGGAAGAAAUGAGACCCUGGGGACUGCACGCCUACGAAUUUAACUGCACUGCUGGGGCAUUUUGUAGAGAAAUUAAUGAAGGAGUUGAUGGUCCUGAUUCUGUGGUGGAGAGUAGCUUUGGGGUGAGGGUGGGAGAAGGAUUGUGUUCCCUCAGCUUUGCUGCAGAUGACUGCUCAGGGGAUAAGGAAGACAUAAUUGGGCACAAUAAUCAUAAGCUCAGGCAAGAUAAAGUGAUAAUUAAUAGGUAAGAUGGGAUCACUGGAAGCAGAUUAUGUCGAUUUAAAGGUCUCUUUUUGCCAGGGUAGUCAUGAACGUGAGGCAAUGUCUGGGAGGAAUUGCGCUCGGAUGUGGCAUUUGGUGAGAUGCCACACAACUCUGUCCUGUGGAGGCUGGAGCUGUAAAACUCUCUGCCAAAACCUGCUUGAGUGCCUAUCAGAAUUUCACAUUUAAGAUCACAGGAAAAACCAGUGGCAGGAUCCUCCCCAGGAGCUUUGCUGUGGUUGAGGGUACACGCUCUGGUGCAUGUCUGUGUUGCAAUAGUGGUGCAUCAAACCACACCAGAGAAUGGCCAUUAGAAAGAAUCAGAGAUGCCACAAGCUUCUUUCCCUUGUUCCAAGUAAUUGCUUUUCCCUGUGUUUUGUGGAGAUAAACCAGAAGCACGGAAAGUAAGCAGGAAAAUCGGGCCUCAUCUGUGCAAAGCGGUACCUAUUCCAAUUGCUAUGGGAACCUUAUCUGUUGCAGUUUCCUGUGAGUUUAACUGGUGAAUUAGCAUAGGGCAAUCUUUCCCCCUUUAAUUUCCUUUUCCUUUAAAAACUAAAAACUGUUGGUGAAAUGAACACUGAAAGUCAAGUAUCAAAAUUUGUGCCUCUCUGGGAUGUUAUUGUUUGAUUGGAGAUUAUUUACUGCAAAAGGUAGAGAUAGCUGGCAAACCUCAGUCUUGUUCCCUGCAAAGGACUGCAGCACCACACAAGAUGCCAGUUAUUUUAUUUUUAUAUCUUUAAAGAGCUAAAUGUCACAUUGCGGUAAUAGUCGUGUGCAGAGCUUAACAUCCAGAGGCUUGCAGUCAGGCCUCAUGGUAAGUAUUUUGGUGUUUUUUCCUCUCCCUCCCAGCAGAGUCGCUCACGAUUUGGCGGGGGGAGCAGCUUCCCGCAACAGGUCUCCACAUGCAGCCAGACCAAAAGCCAGUGGCUGCCACCAAGGAGCAGCUGUGCCAGGGUGGCACAGCCUGAUCAGCUGGAGAAAUCACCAUCCCUCGGGCGUGCUGGGUGUCCCCCAGGUGCUUGCUCUGCAGCUGCCUCUGGGCACAAGGGGUUUGAUUUCAGGCAUGGGCUGCAGCUGCCUUGACAGUACCUGUGGUCAAAACGGUGGUAUUGGUUUUGAGAAGAAAAGCUGCCAUCUCUUCUUCAAGCAACAAAAAGGAAAGUUGAAGGACCGGGACUUGCCAUCCAGAUUCAGUCUCAGGCAUUGGCACAGAUUUCUUGUACAGCCCUUUGGUAGGACAUUUAACCCCUUUGCUUCUGCUGCCAUGCCUUUAGGAUGUAAGGUGGUGUUGUACUGCCAGAAAAGUCGUGGAGGUGUGUUUACUCCUACUCCGAGAACACUGCAAAAAUCCUAGGUAGAAAUAAAUCACUUUUUGAACACAAAUAUGAGGCUGUGUUAUUGAAAAUAAAUACUGCACAAACCGA